AUGCCCAUCAACUUCCAGACGACCAAAAUCAACCCCGAUCGUCCCAUCGACGAAACAUCUCUGGGGUAUCCGACCUUUCAGGAGGUGCAUACUAUUCUGGCCAGCCGCCCACACAAGAAUCUCAUGAGUUGCCAGGACAAGGCGGCGGAGCGUCUGCAGCGCAACCGGGGGUUGGAUAUCGCGGUGUGGACCCUGAAGUGCCCUGGCAUCAGCGAGUGCCCGUCCGGCCAGGCCAUUUGA